AGGGCGGCACAGGAGGAAAGCAAAUACUUCUUUAAAAUGGGGAAUUACAAAUCCAGGCCAGCACAGACUUGCUCUGAUGAAUGGAAGAAGAAAGUUAGUGAGUCUUAUGCUAUUAUCAUAGAAAGAUUGGAAGAUAACCUGCAGAUCAAAGAAAAUGAAUUCACAGAGCUAAAGCGCAUCUUUGGCUCUGAUGAAGUCUUCAGAGAAGUCAACUUAAACUACCGCACAGAGAGUGGGCUGUCUCUGCUGCACCUGUGCUGCGUUUGUGGGGGCAACAAGUCACAUAUCCGUGCCCUUAUGUUAAAAGGGCUCCGUCCAUCCAGGCUGACAAGAAACGGGUUUCCAGCGCUGCACUUGGCAGUUUACAAGGUCUGCCGCUUUCAUUCCUAUACAUUCUCUGUUCAGGACAGCGACAGCGCAGAACUGAUCACUUCCCUGCUACACAGCGGAGCCGAUGUUCAACAGGUCGGGUAUGGUGGCCUCACGGCCCUCCACAUUGCUGCGAUAGCUGGCCAUCCAGAGAAUACUCGGAAGAUUGCUUCCUACACACUGAACAGAGAGAUGCAAGUCUGUUCUGUAAUCUGCCCUCUUAUACAGUAUAUGAAGAAACAUUCAUUAAACGCAAAUUAUACCCCAGACUCUGCUCUGAGUGAUGGGUUGGCAGGGCAAAGACGGCGGACAAAAACCUCCAUUUCUGUACAGCAUAGUUGUAAAUAA